CCGCGUUCUUCCCGCCCUCACCCCCCGGAAGGGGAAGCGGAGCCGCGGCGAAGAUGGCGGCGCUGAGGAGGCUCUUCCUAGCUCCUCCCCAGACAAGCCUGGCUGCCGUCAGAUCCGCAUCCAAAAAAACCGGGGGCAGCUCCAAAAAUUUAGGUGGCCGCAGCCCUGGGAAACGCUACGGAUUCAAAAAAGUAGAAGGGGCUUUUGUGCACGCAGGCAACAUUCUGGCUACACAGAGGUUGAUACGCUGGCAUCCAGGGGCUCAUGUGGGGAUGGGCCGUAACAAGACUCUCUAUGCCCUGGAGGAUGGGAUUGUGAGAUACACCAAAGAGGUUUACAUCCCUCCACCCCGCAGCACUGAGAGCAGGGAAGUGAUCUGUCGCCUGCCCAAAGGAGCAAUUCUUUAUAAAACUUUCAUCAACGUUGUCCCUACCACAGAAGUAGGAAGCUUUAAACUGGUCACCAUGCUCUGAGCCUUCUGCAUCACCUGGGGACAGCUGGGAAGGAGCAGCUGGAACAGGCCACUGCAGCUGGACUGGCACCACAGGACAGGAACAUUCGAGCUCUGAAGAUCCCAGUGUAGGACUCUUGUCUUGCUCCUAAAGCACACAUGGGCAAUGCUCAGGCACUGGGAUCAGCUGCUGGUGUCUGUAUGUGUGUAAUAAAUGCUGUGGGGUGCUGAAGGCCCUGGGCUGCUUGCUGA